CCACACACACUCAGAGAACCACGCACUGGGACUUGUCUCAAAGCACGAAUGGCCAUCAACCUAUAAAUCAACGAAAUGUAGAUGAUUCGGAGGAGACCAAACCGAAGGACAUUUCUCUUUUUUUUUACCACUCAUCUAUAUUGUAAAAAUAUGGCACGAACACAGUCAGUCUUUGCAACUGCAUCGCACAGCAAACCGUUAGUCGCUCAAGCAGCAGAUGCCUGCCGACAUUGUAUACGCGACUUGGACUUUGCAGGUAUUGAUGGCCCGGACCUGCGAGAAGCUAGCUACCUUCUAGAAGAUGUCGACUUACAACUCCGCGUCCUGGAGCUGUACCACGAUCAGUAUUUCGACAAUCCAAAAUGGAGACACAAUGCUGUUGCAGGCUGUCUCAGUUCACUCCUUGAGUAUUUCGAUACUAUGACAUUGAAUAACUGCGACGCUGCCGUCAGCCAAGGCAACGAAUUAAAGGCGUUCAAAAUGCGGGUGAAAAGGGGCCUUUGUGACUUGAGAGAGCAAGCCAGAAAAUUGGACAAAACACUCGGCUUUCUUUCAGGACCUGAGGAAAGUGGAGGUUUUCCACUGCCAGAUGCAACGAAUUCUAGGAAUGUGCCUUCAGGUGGGCUGACUUUGCUGGCUGUUGAUGGUGGAGGCGUUCGGGGACUGGUCAGUCUUCGAAUCCUAAAAGCCAUUAUGGAUGAGGCCAAUAGAGAGAAUGGGACAAGCAAAGCAAAGACGCCGGCGGAGUGUUUUAAGCUUGCUGGAGGAACAAGUACGGGGGGCUUGAUCUGCAUUAUGCUCUUUCGAUUAAGCAUGUCGAUCGAUGAAGCGAUAACGGCGUACAAAUCAUUGUCACAAACCUUGUUCCAGCCCAGCUUCAUCUCUAAAUAUUUAGGCGGUGCCUACAUCAGAACGAUGUUUGGCUUAUCUUGGUACGAGGGCUCGUCGCUCGAGCAUGCAGUCCGAGACGAGGUCGUUGCUCAGGGGCUAGAUCCAAAUGCUACUUUGCUGGACCACAGCUCUGUGCCAGGCACAGAAGGGUGUCAAGUCUUUGUCACUUCCGUCAGGUCAAGGGACAACUUCGCUCUUCGCUUUCGCUCUUACAGAUUUCCCGAUGGUUCACUGCCAACAUACAGUUCGGCUACCAUCAUUCAGGCUGCUCGCGCGACAUCGGCGGCGCCCUUUUAUUUCCCCCCAGCAACGAUAGGUAGGACGGAGUUCUGGGAUGGAGCACUAGCAAACAACAAUCCCGUGGAUGAACUCUGGGCUGAGAAAAGCCUGUUGUUUCCCCGCUGGAUAACAGAUAAGCCGGUUGUCAAAUGUGUGCUGAGUCUGGGAACAGGAAGAUUUGACCCUUCGCGAAAGAAGCGGAGCUGGAUUGCGUCACAUCCUGCCAUCUCCAAGGGAGCGCAGCUGCUGGAGAACCUGACCAAUGUCGAAAACGUGCAUCGCAGAUUUGACCAGCUGAUGAGGGCCGAGGGAGUGUGGUACUUCCGGUUCAACCCGCCAACCACAGAGGAUGUUGAUUUGGCCGAGUACAGAGAGGAAAAGCUGGCUGGGUUGGAGGCCGACGUGGAGAGGUAUCUGGAGAGGCCCCAUAUUAAGGUGAUGCUGAGGCUUUGUGCUCAAUUGCUGGGCUGA